AUGUUCCUGGAGUACGAUCGAGCCAUUCAGAACUACACCCGGUUUGACGACUGGUACCUGUGGAUCCAGAUGCACAAAGGAACCGUCUCCAUGCCAGUUUUCCAGUCUCUGGAGGCCUUCUGGCCCGGCCUGCAGUCUCUCCUGGGGAACUUGGACAGCGCAGUGAGAACCUUCCAGAACUAUUACUCUGUGUGGAGACAGUUUGGAGGUCUGCCGGAGUUUUACAGCAUCCCUCAGGGUUACACUGUGGACAAGAGAGAGGGAUACCCACUGAGGCCAGGUGUUACGCCUCAGACACAGGGAAGGAAGACUCAUACGCACGACUCCGGACACAAUGGUAAAGUGUAAAAAAAACAAUAUUUU